CUCCCAUCGAUUGAGAUGAAGACCAUGAAAGCCCAGAAUCAAUUCAUGUCUGCCACCCCCGAUGAGCCAGUGUGUAUGCCUGUCGUCAAAAAGGGCCACUGCAUGCCGUCCGCACCCUGAAGGCCCACUCGCACAGCCACACACUUACACACACCACACACGUGCACAUGUAUGCAAGUCGGUUGCGAUCAACACGGCGACCAAUAUCCCUCCCCACACCCACACACCACACCCACACGCACGCAGACCCAUCAGGAAGAAGGUACGCAAUACAAAUACGCCCCGCUCAUUGUAUUGCCCCACUGGCUCGCCUCUCUGAGUGCGCCAUACAUCCAAUCCACACAAGACGGAGGUUCCCGUGUCCACUCUCAUGGCAUACCACAGGAGAUCCACUCCAGGACCUCUUAGGUGGUAUGCGACUGCAGUGGAAGCGGAAACAUCCGCCUCGGCAGCAUCAACGUCACAUCGUGGCGGGUGGUGCGGUGCGGGCCACGUAUGGUAUGGAUUGAAUGAAAAAACUUGAUUUGACAAACAAACAAAACGCCGGAAGACACAUAGGCAGAUAGAUUCCACUCUUCCUUGCCUCGGGGAGCAGCUGCCAGCCACAGUCCCUCUGUCUGUCUGUCUGUCCGUUUCCACUCGUUCAAAACAGUAAGCACCUGUCUGUCUGUCUGUCUGUCAUCAUGCUGCUGCUGCUCGAUCACGUGUCUUUCACCUCGCACCUGCAACCGCCACCAUCUCAUGGAAGACCAUCCUUGAGACCGUAGCGGCUGACGGGGCGUGAUCAAAGCCACGUGCCCAGCUGCAUUGAUUACAAGCACAUCCUCUUGUUUGCUGUUCCUCCCUCUCUCCCUCUCUCUUUUGCAGGGCGCCAGCCAAAACAGCGCUGCCUGCCAUCAACCGAUAGACAGACAAUCCACGCACCACGCACCACGAUACAACGCACAUCCACAGCGCCCAAAACCAUCAUGGAAUGGAUGCAAUGCAUACGCACAUCGAUCCAUCCAUCCAUCCAGUGAUUCGUUCAUUCAAUCACACACGUACACACGCGUACACACAUACACAUACAUAGAUCGAUCGAUGGAUCGCCAGUAGGCCUGCAGGCAGGUGUGCAUCAGAUCGAUGGAUGGAUCCCACCCUCCAUCCAUCGACACACCCACAGCCCUCCCGCCAGUCUCUGUCUGUAUCACUGAGUCCGUCAGUGAGUCAGUCAUUGAGUCAGUCAUUGUUGCCCCUGGACACAAACCGCCAGAUGGGGCCCACAACCAGCACGCACCCCUGCCAACACCAACACACACAGGAAGGAUUCGUCCAAGGAAAGCGAUAACGUGACGCCCGGCCACUCACUCACCAUCACAGGCAUUGCGAUUGGCGUCAGCAGCAGCCCAACCAGCCAGACCACAGACAAUGUCAGCAGAUCUACACACACAAAACACACGCACACAGACACAUGUACCAGUGAAUGGAUGGAUUGGUAUCUCUCUCUCGGUGUCUGUCUGUCUGUCAGUGUUGAAUCGGUCACAUCUGAGAGGGUCCAUGCCGAGGAGGUGUCUGACGUAGCUGCUGCGCUCGAUGACGGCGUGUGUGAAGAACACAGAGAACCCAAACACUAUGGCCAACGGACUCAGCACCACAGCCAUCAGCACCAAAGCCACCUGCAUACACACACACACACACACACAUUGCACCUCUCUGUCUGAUGGAUGGGUGGGUGUGCAUCUCACUACUCACCUUGAACAUGAGCAGUUUGGAUGCGCUCCACGUCCUCAGUCUGUGUCGGCCCGACUGCAGACCCGGGCAGCCAAAGAGGUUCCACGGCUCAUAGUGGUACGCCGUGUACCGACGCCUAACCACACACACACACACACACGCAUUAGUCUCUCCCCGGUGUGUGCACACGUGUGCUCUCUCUUUCGCGCACCGGCAGAGCCAGCACCACUCGUGGCGACAGUUGGAGCAGGUGAUGUGGUUGCAGCCGGCGACCUUCUCGGUGCGUAUGCGGCACGCUGGGCAGGCCUGCACCUCGCGACCCUGCGCCCACACCAGGUAGGAGCGGCUGUCGUCGUCCAUCUCGACACACGCAUCAGAACCGUGCCACCUGCACCAACCAACCAACCAACCAACCGCCCAUCCAUCCAUCCAUCCAUCCAUCGUACGUAUUGAUGCAUUGUGUGUGUGUGCGUGUGUGUGUGUGUGUACCGUUUUCCGCAUUGCAGACAGACAGGUGUUUUGCAGGAGGGGCAGGUGCCUCUGCGGGUGAACAGCCUGGGACGGAAAUAACCUGCACACGCAACACACACAUACAUACGAGUGUCAGACAUCCAACAUCCACACACACAUGGAGGAAGGAAUGUAAGCUCCCGUGUGCAUUACCGUCGCAGUCAGGCUCGCAGCACCACCGCAGACGAGGAUCCUGCACACACAAACACACGCCAUCCACACACAUACUUGCUCAUUCUCCACAGCCCCUCUCCCACCGACCUUGCAGAUGCGCAGCCUCUUCUUGAACUUGAGGUACCGGUCGAAGUCGUUGGGGUCGACGAGUGCCUUGACGUGCUUCUCAGACAGCGUCCGCACGCAGCCCUCCGCCGGGCACUUCAUGUGCUCCACCUGGUGGCUGUCAAUCAGCGUCUUGACGUACGUGCCCAUGCACUCGCGACACACCAUCCUCGACCCCUGGUGGCCAUGACCCUGCUGUUGCUGUUGCUGCUGCCGCUGCUGAGAGCCGCUUGUGUGUCUGUUGCUGUGUCUGUGUGGGGCGCCGGGGCAGCCGCUGUAGUGGCAGAAGAUCUGGUCCUCCCUCACCGACUCGAAACACACGCAGCACACGCAGUCUGCAUCACCAUCUGCACCUCCGUCGGCCCCGGCCGGCCUGCUGCUGUUGCUGAUGUUGAUGACAGCGGCCGUGGUCUCUCUCUCUCGUUGUCGUUCAGUCGACCCCGCCGCUUUUGAGGGAUCGCCAUCGGCACUAUCGAACGCCACAGCCACGUCAUACAGAGGGCCGGCCGGCUCGUACGCAACGGUCGAUGCAACCUCGACAACAUCAUCUCGGUCGGUGUGGGAGUGGGUGCGGGGAACGAUGUCAUGGUGGUGGUCGCCGAAGGGCGAGAGAUGGAAGGUGGGUAGGGGGUGGAUGGGGGCGUGGGGGAGGGUGAAGGUGCCGGUGAGGGAAGGGGCAGGGGCGGGGGAGUUGGGGGGCGGUUGGUCCAUGGCUAGUGGCGGGGCGGUGUCGUCCCACUCCUCCAUCGACCGCAUGAACAGCCCGCCGCACAGCCCAUCCAGCUCCUCACGCACGCCCUCCAAACCCUCGGUCGUCAUUGUCGACAUCGAGUGGAUCUGCCGCGUCACCCCGCCACACACCAUGCCUCCACCCGACGACGACCAGCACCCCUCGCCGGCUUCCAGGUCCAUGUCCAUGUCCAUCUCCGCAUCCGCGUGGUCGAGGCAGAAGUGCGGGUGUGAGCAGCUGUCGGCCGCAACCACGGUGUGGAAGGAGGCACACGAGACGGACGUCUGGAAGUCGCUGCUGGUGGGGGAGAGGGCACAGCCGCUGGUCGAUGGCUGUGGCUGCGGCGGUGACUGGGACUGCUGGGCCGACUUGCGUGCGGUUGGUGCAUUGCUGGGCGGCUGCGGCUCUGAGAGGCCGGAGGUCCACGUGAAGGAACUCUUGCUCAUCGCAGCAGCGCCGGCUUCACUGCGGAGCGUUGCAGUUAUGCUGAAAGGGAGAGGGGAAGGGGAUCUGCGGCGUGUAAGCUCAUGCUGCUGCUCUUGUCGAGCCGAGCACUGCCUGCUUCACUACUGCUCCUUGGGCGGCUGCCUUGUGUGCAAGCUUGUGUGUGCUGUUGCUGCUCACGUUGCGGUGAAAAAUAAGGGCAACGCGCAGCAAGCGGCCUUGUUGAGAAAGCGCUGAGAGUGUCGAAAAACGGCGGAAGA